UCUGCCGCUGCCGGCGGCCAGGCGUAACGCGCAGGCGCGGCGGGGCCCGGGCGCAGCGCGCAGGUCUGGCGGUCGUGCGUGGAGGCGGCUUUGAACAGUGGCGGGUAGCGAAGCGGCCUGGUGCUGAGCAGCCUCUCUAAUGGAGCCCGUCCUGAAAGGUGUUUCUGCGUGUGUAGAUGUUUGGUCAUCUAACAGAAGAGAAAAUUACUCAAAGCUUUUUGAACAGCAACUUCUUGAUAUGGGAGCAAAAGUUUCAAAAGCUUUGAACAAGCAUGUGACCCAUGUAGUCUUCAAAGAUGGACAUUUGGCUAAAUGGAGAAAAGCACAGGAGAUGGGUGUAAAAAUAGUUUCUGUACUCUGGGUAGAAAAAUGUCGACAAACUGGACUACAUGUUGAUGAAUCCUUAUUUCCUGCUCUAGCUGUUGAUGAAGAAUUCCCACUAUUGAUGAAAAAACACAGAUGUAUGCAACCAAAAACCUUUGUUGAAAAGACUCCAGAAAAUAGUAGAAGGAUGCAGAGAAGACUGGACCAAAUGGCUAAAGAAUUAGCUGAACAAAAGAGAGCAGUUAGUGCUGAAACUGAUGUCCCAGUUCUGCUGUUUCAAGAUGAUGGUUCGCUUGUGUAUAGCCCUAUUGGUAAAAUAAAAGAUCUCUGCACUGAAAUGAAAAGGAGAGUAAAGAAGAUGAAGAAAAAAAGAGAAAAUCUUUCUCCCACUGCCUCACAAAGGAUUCAAAUACCUCCCAGCAGUUCACCAGGAGACGGCUCUCUGCCUCCUUGCGUCUUAACUGAUUCAGAAGAUUCAUUGUUACCAGGAAAACAAAUGGAAGAUUGUUUGAACUCAAGUUAUGAUUGUAUUGGGGGAACUAAUAAAAAACAGAAAACAGAGACAGUAAAAGACACCUCUGCUUCAACUGAGAUUUGUGUAUCCAUGAGUGCAUCAGUGAGUCCUCCCUCGUGUAGUCGUGUGCAGGAGAGCUUAACAUCGAAACAGCACAGCAGAAAAAGCUUAAAGAAAUGGAUUUUACAGCAUACUGUGGAUGACAAAUUGUCUUUAGAAAAGGAAGAUCUAAAAAAGCUUCCAAAUAAAAAGCGGAAGAAUGAAAAUAGCAUGAGUACUUCAGCUGGGAACGAUGGGCCUCUGCCGCACCUCAAGGGCUUGGGUCAGAUUACUCCUUAUGAAAAACCAGACACCUUAAAUACUGUUCCAGCUUUGACUGACAAUCUUUCUGAUUCAUUUAUCAACAGCAAAGACUUGAAUACAUGUUCGUUGUAUAGAAGCUGCCCUGUUGACAGAAACAAUAGCAUUGAAGAUAGGAUGAGAAAGAAAGUACAAGCACUAUCUCAUUGGAAACUGACUACCUCAGAACCAGGUGCAUCAGGGUCUGAAGAGUUCUUAAAAGCAAUUACUACAUGUAACAAGUCUUUUUGCACUGAAGAAACUUCUUAUGAAGACUUCUUUUCAUCAUCUAAUUUAAAUGAAAAAUCAGUACAGGUACAAAUACCAAAGGAAUCACAGAAUUUCCCUGAAGUUUGUUGUGAAGUCUCUUGUACAAGCAUGGACUCACUAGAUGGGAGUUCCAAAAAGUCACAUUCUGCUUCCAAGAAAAGUAGGAAGAACUCUAUUCCAAGAAAUGAUGUUUCAGUAAAAAAAAAAACAAACCUGACUGAACAUCUUGGAAGUAUGCCACUAAAUUAUGUAUCAGAUGGUAAAAAAACUGACACUGCAGAAGCUCUAGAUUCUGAUGUGAAUAGGCUGCCUCAGCAGAACUGUGAAAAGUCCUUCAGAACCAAUGUGAAUUGUUGUAUUGACACUACUGGUGAUGGAAACAAAGUUUCAGAGUGUCAUGUUACUGAUGGCUCUUGCACAGUUUAUAAUGAACCAGCAAAUAAGCCCAAUGGGAGGUUCAGGAAAACAAGAAGACUUCAAAAGCCCACAAGGACAAUGGUUAUGACAAGUAUGUCUUCUGAGAAUCAAGAGAUAGUCAUUCAAGCAGUGAAUAAACUUGGAGACUUCUUAUUCUCAGAUGAUGUGUGUGAAACAACAAGUCAUGUAGUUGCAGGAGCUCCUCGGCGUACCUUAAAUAUUUUGCUGGGAAUUGCUCGUGGGUGUUGGAUUGUUUCUUUUGAAUGGGUUCUGCAGUCUCUAGAAUCAGGCCAUUGGAUCUCAGAGGAACCAUAUGAGCUUUCAUCCAGCUUCCCUGCAGCUCCUAUCUGCAGACUUCAUCGUCCCCUAUCAACAGGAAAAGACCAGCAGAAUCUCUUCUCAAAUCAGCCUGUCAUGUUUGUAUCUCCUACCAGUGAUCCACCUUGCAAAAAGCUAAUUGAACUCAUAGAGCUGUCAGGAGGGAAAAUAUGUAAAGCCUUACGUCAGGCAAAAAUCUGUAUAGGAAAAGAACCACAAAAGAAGUACCAGGAAAUAAAAUGUUUGUCAGAAAAAUGGGUAUUAGAUUCAAUCACUCAGCAUACAAUAUGUCCCAUGGAAAACUACAUUUUUAAGCUGUGAGCUAACUCAAGAGCUUCCAUAUGGUUUUAAGGAAACAAGUCUGGUCUGCACUCAACAAAGAAAUAAGCUGCAAAUGAAGCUUCUCAGAAAAUGCAAGUUACAUAUUUAUAAAUACAGGGAAAUGUUUUCUGCAUUUUUAUGACUUGUGUAAAUGUUCAUCUUGUGAAAUCUUUAGAUUUUUUGAUAAUAAAGUACUUCCCUAAUGAAAAUCA